GAUGCAAUCUCCCUGCCGGGAAGCGCAAUCCCCUUCUUGAAAAGGAAAGGGAAAGAGGCGGCCGCCACCUGCCUUGUUUGAGGGGCGCCCGGCGCUUUACGCAGGAGCAGCAAUGUCUCUGGAGAUCCUCAAGCAGACGGGCGCGCUGGCCCUGGGAGAGGUCUAUGUCUCCGAUCGAGAGGGAAGUGACGCUACUGGAGACGGGUCACAGGAGAAGCCUUUCAAAACUGCUCUGAAGGCUUUGCUAUCUGCUGGAAAGGAGCCGUUUCCCACGAUCUACGUGGACUCGCAAAAAAAAGACGAGAGAUGGGAAACGAUUUCCAAGACCCAGCUGAAGAAUGUCAAAAAGCUGUGGCACAGGGAACAACAAAAAGCUGAAGCUAGAGAAAAGAAAGAGGAAGAAGAUCUCUUGCGCCGUGAAAAGAACUUGGAGGAAGCAAAGAAGAUAAUCAUUAAGAAUGACCCCAGUCUCCCAGACCCCAAAUGUGUGAAAAUUCGUCACCUAGAGGCCCACAGAGGAGAGAGAGUUAAGGUCUUUGGCUGGGUCCACAGGCUGCGUAGACAAGGGAGGAACUUGAUGUUUAUUGUAUUAAGAGAUGGCACAGGAUUCCUUCAAUGUGUCUUGUCAGACGAACUGUGCCAGUGUUACAAUGGAGUUGUCCUCUCAACCGAGAGCACAAUUGCUAUCUAUGGAACACUCAACCUUCUUCCGGAAGGCAAACAGGCUCCAGGAGGCCAUGAGCUCUGUUGCGACUACUGGGAGCUGAUUGGCCUGGCUCCCGCUGGUGGGGCUGAUAACCUUGUCAAUGAAGAGUCAGAUGUGGACGUGCAGUUGAACAACCGGCACAUGAUGAUUCGAGGAGAGAACAUGAGCAGGAUCUUCAAAGUGCGCUCCGUGGUUGUCCAGUGCUUCAGGGAUCACUUCUUUGACCGAGGGUAUUACGAAGUUACCCCUCCAACGCUGGUCCAAACUCAGGUUGAAGGUGGCUCCACUCUCUUCAAGAUGGACUAUUUUGGCGAAGAAGCCUUUUUGACACAGUCGUCCCAGCUCUACCUGGAAACUUGCAUCCCUGCCCUGGGAGACACUUUCUGCAUUGCCCAGUCCUACCGAGCUGAGCAGUCUCGGACCCGCAGGCACCUGGCUGAAUACACACACAUUGAAGCAGAAUGCCCUUUCAUGACCUUUGAAGACCUGCUGAACCGUCUCGAGGACCUUGUCUGUGAUGUAGUGGACAGAGUCUUGAAAUCCCCUGCGGCUGACUUGCUUUAUGCCCUCAACCCAAACUUUGAGCCCCCGAAGCGCCCCUUCAGACGGAUGAACUACACAGAUGCCCUUGUAUGGCUGAAGGAAAAUAACGUGAAGAAGGAAGACGGCACAUUCUACGAAUUUGGAGAGGAUAUUCCAGAGGCCCCCGAGAGACAGAUGACGGAUGCCAUUAAUGAGCCAAUCUUGCUGUGUCGAUUUCCUGCUGAGAUAAAGUCCUUCUACAUGCAGCGCUGCCCGGAGGAUUCCCGCCUUACUGAAUCGGUUGAUGUCUUGAUGCCCAAUGUUGGCGAGAUUGUUGGAGGCUCAAUGCGUAUUUGGGACAGCGAUGAGCUGCUGGAAGGCUACAAGAGAGAAGGCAUUGACCCCACGCCUUAUUAUUGGUACACCGACCAGCGUAAAUACGGCACUUGCCCUCACGGUGGCUAUGGCCUGGGCUUGGAAAGAUUCCUCACCUGGAUCCUGAACAGGCACCAUAUCCGGGAUGUGUGUCUGUACCCGCGCUUUGUCCAGCGCUGCAAACCUUAACCGAUGUUGCUCGGGGGCAAAAGUCCAGCAGUCUUUACGCAAAACCCUCCUCCUCCCCUCAAGUUCCGGAGAGCACAUCUCAUCAUCCUUAUAAAGCCAUCCUGACCCUGGAAAUCCAAGAGAUCAACUUCUUUUCCUUUUUCUACCUCCAGCCUUUUCCGAAUGAGAAUUUGGAAAUUUGAAUUGCAGUCCACUGAUUUCAGAAAAGCCCCCCCCCUCUCUCCCUUGCCCAGAUUUUCUCCCCUCAUCAAUCCUAUUGAUGUAUUUUAACUUAUCGAUUGCUAGGAUAAACAAGCAGUGUGCAGUACUUAAGAAUUGCACUAAUGUAGCGGUGCAGAGCCCGUAAAACAGGCACCCCCAAACUUUGGCCCUCCAGAUGUUUUGGACUACAGUUCCCCUCUUCCCCGACCACUGGUCCUGUUAGCUAGGGAUCAUGGGAGUUGUAGGCCAAAACAUCUGGAGGGCCAAAGUUUGGGGAUGCCUGCCAUAAAAUAAUUGGGUCGUUUGGUAAAAAGGAGCCAGAAGCGGGGCUUUUGAAAAGGGAAUAUUUGAGUUUUCUCCCCAAAACAAAAUUCAUUAGUAAGUGCACCAUGUAACACAAUAUAAUACAAUAAUCUGGAGUAGUGUAUUGCCACCCUGAGGGACAAAAUAAGCCCCCCAACUAUUUUGGCCGUGGUCAGUAGCAUCCAAUUUAAACCUUUUCCCUAUCCAACAUCAGAGUUUGUAAGAAAAUCAUGCCAUCUCCAUUCUUCAGGUAAACAGCUGAAGUGUAGAGAUGAUACUAUUCUCCCCAAAACAACAAAGAGAUUCCUUUUUCGGUGACUAGAAUGAUAAAAGCAUUACAGUGUAAAGAACCACCCAACUGAGAGGAGAACCAAACUCUAGAUACCUUUUACCUCCUUCAUUAAAGGUUUUCAGCCUGAAUUCUUAGAAGUGGUGGCUGGGCAGAAGGGGGGGCCCUUUAACUCUGCCUUGAAAAUUUAUUCAGAGAGGCGCAUUAACAAAAUGCUGCCCUAAAGUGUACGACAGCCCUAAGCUGUAGUAACCUACUAUUCCCUAAUGGGUGAGAUUAGGGUAGAGAAUAUGAUGGCCUUUUUUUUUUUAAGCCUUUCAUGUGAAAAUCCUGUGUGCCUCUGCUUCGGACAACUGAAAAAUCAACCCUAAGCAAUUGUACCCAUAAGGAGGUGCUUCAUCCCUUCCUGCCACUGUAUUUUCAUUCUAUCUGCAUUUUGAACUUGGCACUAAUUGAUGGCUUCACUUGCCAAAUAAGGAUUGCUGCUGUCCAGGCUCCCAGUUCCAUCAAAAUGUUUUCAGCAAAUGUUCUCUUGGCAGAAGCCUCCCAUGUUUCACACUCGGUUAAGUUGCUUUUCAACCUGCCUCUUGUUACGUAGUUCAGAAAGAUGGGCUGAUACAGCUUGCAUUCCAAAAACCCUAGGAACUGUAGUUUUGAGAAGGUGGCUGAUCCUCCUCGGUCUCUUGCUCAUCCUACCCACUGAAUGUCUUGGGUUUCUUAGGAAAGAGGGGCCAACUGAAAAUUGGAGGAGAUGUCAAGUGAUGAAGCUGACUGACGUCUUUGUUGCUCCUCUUUCCAGCAAGUGCUGUGAAAAUGGUUUUUAGUUAUCAGAAUAAUUUAACUGGAGCAAGGGGUGGGGGUGGGACAACACUAGGGAUGCUCUGGGUUGUUGCUGUAGGACCUUGCCUGAUCAGAUUUCUCUUAUUCUUCUACACUGUUACAUUUUUGUGAUGAUUGUGCAUGCCUUGUUUUCAAAGCUGGUUGGAUCUCGCAAUCAAUAAAUUCAUCGCACUGGAGGGUUCUGCUACUGCAA